AUGUCCAACCAAACCCAACCAGAGGAGCCCAUCUCCAUCCCCGACAACCUGGAUGGCGUCGCCUACUUGUACGGCCACCCGCUGUUGAACUCCCUGUCGCCCCCUCUGCACAAGACUGUGUACGGUGCUCUGGGUCUGAACUGGCUUCAGAUUCCCCUGUCCAGCGUGUACGGCACAUCCGAGACCUACCCUCCCCCUUACACCAAGUCGCCCGCCAUCGAGACAUUCAUUGCCUCUAUCCGCUCCAACCCCAAGUUCGUCGGAUCCUCCGUGACAAUGCCUCACAAGGUCGCCAUCAUGCCUCACCUGGAUGAUCUGACCGAGCACGCCCGGCAGGCCGGUGCCUGCAACACUAUCUUCCUGCGCGACGACCCCGUCACCGGCAAGCGCCAGCUCGUCGGAACCAACACUGACUGUGACGGUAUCCGCGAGGCCCUCGUCAAGAACUCGCCCAACCCCGAGCGCUUCCGCGGCCGGCCCGCCCUCAUCAUCGGUGGUGGUGGUACCGCCCGCACUGCUGUCUACGUCAUGCGCCGCUGGCUCGGCUCCAGCAAGAUCUACAUCGUUAACCGUGACGCCGCUGAGGUCGCUGCUAUCCUCGAGGAGGACCGCCAGCGUAACCCUGAGGCUCUCGCCACCGCUCCUCUGAUCCACGUUACUGAUCCCGCGGAGGCCGCUCGCCUCGAGGCCCCCGCCGCUAUCGUCUCCGGUAUCCCCAACUACCCUCCCAAGACCGCCGAGGAGCUGAACGCUCGUGCUGUUAUCCAGGCUUUCCUCGGUGACAAGACUACUGCCGAUAAGCAGGAGGGUGUCAUCCUUGAGAUGUGCUACCACCCCGUCCCCUGGACUGAGAUCGCCCAGCUUGCCUCUGACGGUGGCUGGAAGGUCAUCAUCGGUUCCGAGGCACUGAUCUGGCAGGGUCUGGAACAGGCGCACCUCUGGACUGGCAAGGAUAUUGCUCAUACUCCUGAGAUCGUCCAGAAGGUCAGGGACCUUGUUGAUGCUACCCUGGCUGAGCGGGCUGCUGAGCGGGCUGCGGCUGCCAAAUAG